CUUCAGAUGCGACCGUCACAAGACAAUUCGAAUUGAGCUGAAAGUAUUUGCACAACGGAUUAAGAUGUCGAAUGAAUAACAUGUGGACUCCAAAAGGUCACCACGCCUUCAGGUUUGUGUGUUUGUUAUGUUUGGACCUGAAGGUAUGCACUGCGUGUGCUAUCACAAUUGGAUACUCUGGCUAGCUUAUCUAAUAUUACAUCUGUCUAACAACUUGAAAAUCUAGUGACCAGUUAGUGAACAACCAGGCUGCCGCAGGCACUUUUCCCAUAGCUGCCAAAUCUGUUGCGUUAUUGUUAGUAUGUGUCAUCUACAGCUGAGGACAUUGCUUUUUGUAGCGUGGGUGUUGGGCUACAUCGCCUUUCUGCUCGCUACUAGAAAGAUGUGGACAGGGAAAUACGUGCGCAGUCCACUCGCUCGUUCACUUUUCAUGAACAUGAUAGGCGAAAGCGAAGAAGCCGGACAAGAAACCCAAGAGUGGUACAAGUGCUCUCCAGACCUGUUGGGGGAGGUGGUUAGGCCUCUGUUUGUGCAGAGCCAUCUGGACCAGGACACCCAGGCUUUUCUGAGACGCAGCAUAGAAAAGUCUGGCUGGAUGUUCACCCAGUUCUACCACUCCUUCAUCUCCACUGUCCUCAGCCCCCUGGUGUCACGCACAUCCAUCAAUGGGUUCCUAGGUCGUGGCUCGAUGUUUGUGUUCUCUGCGGAUCAGCUCCAGCAGCUGCUUCGCAUCGCCCCCGAGUGGCGAGGGGAGAGACUGCUGGACCUAGGGGCCGGGGAUGGGGGCGUCACUGAGGUGAUGGGAGCCCACUUCAGAGAGGUCUACGCCACUGAGGUUUCUCCUCCCAUGAAGUGGCACCUCCAGAGGAAGAAGUACAGGCUUUUAGGCAUUGAUGAAUGGCAGCAUACUGGGUUCCAGUAUGACCUGAUCAGCUGUCUGAACCUGCUGGACCGCUGUGACGACCCCCUGGAUCUCCUCAGGGGCAUCCACCGCUCACUGGUGCCCAGCACGGGAAGACUCAUCCUGGCCGCUGUCCUGCCCUUCCAGCCCUGGGUGGAGAUAGGUGGGAAGUGGCAGCGCCCUAGAGAGCACAUCAAAGUGAAGGGGAAGAAAUGGGAGGAGCAAGUCACCAACCUGUCCAAUGAGGUGUUCCGGGAAGUGGGGUUUGAGGUGGAGGCAGUGACUCGGCUGCCGUACCUGUGUGAGGGAGACAUGUACAAAGAUUACUAUGUACUGGAUGAUGCUGUCUUCGUCCUGAAACCUGUGGAGGAGUGAAGUCAGUUACUGUAUCUUGAGGUGCAUCUCAAUUAUCCAAAUUUGCAUCCUUGUCUCCUUCCUCCAUCUGCAUUAUCUUAAAACAACCAACCGUCCUUCCAACGGGACUGAACCAUAGAUAAUGGGCUGGUUCCACAGUGUAGGCGACUGCUGACUGACUGAUCUACAAAUUAUUUGGCACCAUAAAUAACAACUCGUUUUAUUAUUUUUAGAUCGUUCGGUCAGUCACCAUUUACCCACAAUGCAUCAUGGAUUUGAUGCUUUCAAACACGGCCAAUGAUAGUCCUCUAGAGGCCAAAAGGCUGUAUUAGCAUGGGCAGCGCCAUUUAGGGCUUCCACCAUUUUAAUGUUGUCAACUGGGUGGGACUUCCAACUUAAUUGGCUGAUUCCUAUUGGUGACCCUGUUGGAGUCAUGCCCAACCCAGUCAUCAGUAGGGAUCAGCCAAUCGUGAAGAAAAUGGACAUUGCCUCAAUGCUGCUAUAAUAGCACAGAUACAAAGAGGAGUCCUAGGGACUGGACAAGAGGUUUUUGCCAUGUUGCUUUUACCCAUCCUCUGUUUUCAGAUGAGUGCAGACCGAAGAGAGGAAGCAACUUUAGACUAUUGAGAUGCAUCAGCAGACCUUUCUUAGAGCAUCUGUGUACAGUAGAUACAGUAGAAAGCUAUCUGACUGGCUGCUGGAUUUGUAUUGAAUUAGUGGAGGAUAAGUAAGAUUUUCUUAAUUACAUUGAGAGUAUUUAUCAUUUACAUUACCACUUUAUCUCUAAAGUCAGCUGGGGAAUCCUGGUUUGAAACUCGGGUAGCUCCACUGUUUACCAACUGUCGUGUCAUACUGUGUCAUACCUCUACAUUCUAAGCAACAAAAAAAACAACACAAAAUGGAUGUUUGCCAUUGAAUAUAAUAACUUGAUUGGAAUAUAACAACACAGCUUUGUAAAUGAUAGGGAGGAUCUCAUCUUCUGUGCCAACAUAUCACUGUGGAAAUUGUCUGUUCUUGGUUUAAGUAUAGUGAUGUAAAUGUAUUGUCUUAUUCUGGGUUAGUUGGUUAUUUCCCCAAUAAUAACAUUGUGAUACUGUACAUAUGAACCGGUUGAUCUAAUUGAUUUAGUCAAGCACAGAUGGAGGGAAUUCCCCCCCCCCCUAUUUGUCUUAAGGUUUAACUAUAAGCACACUGUUUCUAACUGUUGUAUUAUCAACUGGGCAGUAACGUUCUGUUACAAUAACAUCGGGAUUGAUUAUUUAUAGCAAUGUGAGGCCUUGUCAGUGAAUAUCUCCCAUCUACAGUUUUUUAGGCAGCAGAACAAGUUUACUUUAAUGUUCCAGUCAGUGUAUUUUACGUAAAGUAACAUCACCUCAACAUUUAAAAUAUUUAUAAAGUGCAGUGGACAUUUGAGAUGACGUAUGUGCAGUAUGUAUCAGAUAGGAUGUCAUUUGCAUGAAGGAUGUCUUGGAUGCCAGUGUAAUGUAUUAUGUGCAUUUGAGUGACUUAGUCUAUUUAAGCUUAUUUGAAUAUACUCUCCAAUGUAGUUGUUAAAUCCAAUGUCAAAUUCUCAGUUCGGUCUGUGGAUUAGUUCGUUUUUAAAAUAAAUAUACUAGUUAAAAAUAA